GCAAUCAAGAUUUUUACAUCGUAGUUGUUACGUGAAAAUUUCUUAUAUUUGAUUUUAUAGUGAAAAAGUGUACGGUAAUAAUUGAUUGUUUCGCAAGUACUUAUUUCAAAUGUAUUGAUACAAAAAGCACAAACGUAAAAACAAUUAUUGCCUGGUACGGAAUUCAGCAAUCCUAAAACAAUAACAUACGAAAUGGAACAGAUAUUUCAAUCUUUGCGAGACGAUGAGCGCCGCAUUGGUGAGGAGUAUAUGUCCAGCUUAACGGACUUAAAUUGCAAUAGCAAACCUCUUAUCAACAUGCUUACGAUGUUGGCGGAAGAAAAUAUCAACUAUGCACACGUAAUUGUACGUGUGGUGGAGUUUCAUAUCAGCCAGGUCCCGCCCGAGUACAAACUACCUAUAUUAUAUUUAAUAGACUCGAUUAUUAAAAAUGUAAAAAGCAACUAUGUACAACUGUUUGGACAAUGUAUCGUGAAUAUCUUUCUAAACGCCUUUGAAUCGGUGCAACACUCCCAAUCACAGGUUCUCGAGAAAGUUCGCGAACGAAUGUACGCGCUUCGGCAAACAUGGAACGAUGUAUUCCCUCCAUCCAAGCUGUAUGCACUUGAUGUAAAGGUUAAGCGUUUGGACAACAAUUGGCCAGUUACGGCUAAGCAGCCGCCCAGAAUUCACGUCAAUCCGGCAAUACAUGUUAAUCCUGAUUUUCUCAAAACCGGCAUAGUUCCCAUGCCGGUAAAUCCUACACUCACCAGUGAUAUGGAAGAGAUCCUGCAGGCUAAAACGCGUGAACUGCUCGAACUUAAAAAAAGGAAAUUGGAAUUGGAAUUGGAGCAAACAAAAAAACACUUAGAGCAACAAGAACGGCAGCUAAUACAGGCUACCGAUUCUAUUUCUGUGCCGUCAGUUUCACUCGCCGGAUCGGGAACAGUGCUACGUACGCCUGAACUGGAGACUCCCUUAGGAACGGUACCGGUACAAACUGGCGCUCUGUACAAUAGAGUUGGCAUUUGUCAUGUCGGCCCAGAAGCGCCAUCAAUGAUGUCUAAUAUGCUCAGCUCAACCCAAAAGCUACCUACAAUCAAACCAAAAGUGCACCCAGUGAAUUCCGCUUUACUAAAUUCAGUCCGUCAUCGGGAUCCUCGACUAGCACGUCAGGCGCAAUCACUGCAAUCCUUGCGUAACAAUUCAGAACAGGACCCCAACUCAGUGCAUAAACAAAGUCGCUCACGCAGCAAGUCGCCUUUACGUUCCAGCGGCCACAGUCGUUCUAAUAAAAGCAAACGCAGCGCGUCGAAAAGCUCAAACGCUUCGUCAUCGUCGUCCGGGUCGGAGAGGCGUAGCAAAAGCAGCAGCUCUACCGUAUCGUCUUCUACAAAAGGUUCAUCCUUUCCUGCAUCUUUGCGUGAAAAGUACUCCUCCCGCAAUGAUCAUGUUAUUAAUGGCCAACCAACACCAAUGAAGCGCAAAUCAAGUUCACCUGCCACUUCACCGUCCAAAUCAAAACGUAACACCUCGCAAAAGUCACAAGUCGGGGCAUCAAGCUCAAGACCUACACGUUCGCGUAGUCGCUCUCCUGCCUCUGGAAGGUAUGUCGGCAUCCGAAAUGUGCGUAGGAACAGCAAUCUGCCGCAGUCAUCAACAUCUAAUGAAGUCAGCACAUGCGCAAUCUCAAAUGAAUUAGACAAACAUAAAUUUAAAAUACUUGAACCAGGACAUCCUUCAAACUUAGAGGCUUCAAGUAUGGACGUUGAUUUGCGGCCGAUAGUUGCCAGUUCGGAAACUGCCGAAACGAUGCUAACGCCACUGCAACAAACUGCUUUUCCAACGAUGGAUGUUACAACAGCAUUCACCAACUCAAUCAUCACAAACGCAAUUACUGCAACUGCUAGUACUGCGACUAGUUCCAAAUUGCCUACAAAAGUGUCGUUCAAAAUACAAAAACCACUAAAUAAAUUUGAAAAAUCUACAGCACAUUUAUCAACAGCAUUGCUGGUAACCACAACAGCAUCACCGUCAAAUAGUGCAUCAAGCGGAAAGGCGCAAACUACAACGUUAUUACAGGGUAAUGUAUGUGAUGUCAAGCAGAAUAAUAAUAAAUUACACACCGCGAAUGUGCAAAGCAGUGAAAAACGCACCUCUACUGUCUUAGUGGAGGAGCAACCUCAACAAAAACGCAGUAGGUCAUCAAAACUGGAUGCGCUUUUUGGGAGUGAAGACGUGGACCUUCGCAAAGAGAUGCCGGCAGCUGAUUUUAAGUCAGGGACUAACUCAGUCAUUUUGGUUGAAGAUGAUUCUAUGGAGAAUUGGGACAAUCGAAUGGACGCAAAGCAAAUAAUUUCACCACAAGACAAGGAUCCAUUGUUUGAUGCACUGCGCGCUAAGCUAGCCAAAACUGUUCACACCAACAACAAAUUGAGUAAAGAAGGUCAACUUACCAGCGAUACAACACAACGCCCACAACAGUUUGGAGUAACGAAGUUAAAUGAUGACUCUCAAGAGGCUCAUGAAGAAAAGGUGCGCACCAUACUGACACAAGCACGGGAAAUGUACGAAAGCAGUGCCAUCAAUCAAGAACAGUACAGGGAUCUGUUGCAGAAAGUACUGGCUAUAAAUGAGAACAGCAAGCUCAAAGGAACCAAUCGAUGCGAGCCAGCAUCCGAUGAAAUGAAUUACGAAACGCGCGAACGUAAUGCAGCACGUGAUGCGGUGCUCAAAAAACGUAUACCCAAGCUGAAAAACAGCGAGACUCAACGUAACGAGUGCUCGCUCCGAAGUGAAGCUUCUAUAUAUGACGACCCACAGCGCCAAAUUCCAGAUAAAGAGCCUGGUGGACAGCAAAAGUCAAACACAAAGCUUGAAAGCAAGCGACGGAAACCUUCGAAAUGGGGUGAACAGGUAGACACGGUUCAACGUGCUGCUUGGCUGGCUAACAAUUCGCAUACGCCAUCUGUAAGUGGAGGUAACAAUAAACGCUCUGUGGGCAGUUUUCGGGGGAAUGUAAAUAACUCAAAUAUGCGGAUGCUAGUCGCCACGCCUUGGCAGCAGCCGUUUACUGGCUUACCUUCCAUGGUUACAACAACAGCGCCGGUUGUAGCAUCCGUAACCUCUGUUGAACUAGCAAGUUUCGCUGGUUCAGCCAGCAAUAUACCGCCACCUCCGCAGCCACCCUCGAUGAUUGCCUUACCUCCGCUGCCACCAGCGCUGACCAAGGCGAUUAAUUCGCUGGACAAUCCCAUGACAGAUGUGGUGCGAAGCAUUACGAUCGACGGUGGCACGAAAGAGAUACGCUUCUAUAAUCAAGUCGCAAUAAUAUUUAUGGAUAAAGAUGAGCCACACGAGAUCGGCUUUCAGAAUGGUCAGCGUGCUAUUUGCAUUGACCACAACGAGCCGCUUCCGCUGAGCUUCAACGAUGAGUACAAAACCUUUACGCUAGACGGACAAUUACAUCGCAUACGCUUUGGGUUUCCCUCACGUGAGCUCUACAUUGAUGAUCAUUGGUACGAGAUCUACUUCGGUGGUCCGCCCAUUUCUCUGCCCAUUGGGAACAAGCUUCACGUGCUAAAGGCAGAAGGUCCGCCGCCCAAUGUUGACAUUGGCAAGGUGCGACGAGACCUUGUCGCUGGAAAAAUCAACAUGAUUGUGGAUGCGCAUAAUAUUGUUCCACUGUUUUUAGAUGCCAAAGUACAGACGUUUCAAUUAGGAACUGAGCCACAUCAGCUUCAAUUUACGGACAGUUUCCUUUAUGUAUUGUUGGACGGGAAACUAUUGAAGGUCGACUACGGUGGGUUGCCCAAAAGCUUCAGUUUGAGUGGACGCAAAUAUUUCAUACGAUUUGGCACCCUACCUGUAGGUGUAGUGGCUGGAAAGACUCACGUGCAAGACAUGAUCUACAUUAAGACUGAUGCGCCAGUAGAGUCACAUUUAUUACAACCAACAAUAGCAAAUAUGGACAAACAUCUUAUUGAAAAAGCUUCAAGUGUUCAGCUGCCAGUUAGUCUUAACAUUGAUGAGCUUUUUCAAAAGCUCAUAUCGUCAGGCAUCAUAGGUACCACGACUUCUUCUAGCACAUCAGUCAGUGCACCAGCAGUAACUAUUGACGACUCAGCGCAAGCAGCCAAAGGAACUGGUUCCUCAGAAGUGUCUGUAGCGACCGCAACUUCUGGGCCUAUUAAACGCGUUGAGCUUAACAAGCCUGAAACCAUAAAGAAGCGCCAGUCGGGCGUCGUAACAGCACUUUAUCUCGGAAUGCAGUGCAGCAGCUGUGGGCUACGCUUUCCACCAGAGCAGACCAUAAAAUAUAGCCAACACUUGGACUGGCACUUUCGGCAGAAUCGACGCGAACGCGACCCGACCCGCAAGGCCACAUCACGCAAAUGGUAUUAUGAUCUCACUGACUGGAUGCAAUAUGAGGAAAUCGAAGAUAUUGAUGAACGUGAGAAAAACUUUAUGGAAACACCCCUCCUACAAACUGAAGUUGCGGACGAAUUGUCGAAUCAACGUUCCAUGGACUCGCCCAUGCCUAGCUGUGCGGCGAGUGCCGAUGAUGUUGAUCGCGCUUGCGAUAUGUGCCACGAGAAGUUUGAACAGUUCUACAACGAGGAGCUCGAGGAAUGGCACUUACGGGCAGGCAUUCGUGUGGAUGGAAAAAUAUAUCAUCCUUUGUGCUAUGACGACUACAAAUCUUCAUUGAACCCACUAAACGUGAAAUCUGUCGAAGCUGAUACAUCAGUAAAUGUGGAAUUAAACAAUGCCGACGAUAAUGCCACUGAUGCACUCAUAAAAAUGGAAAGUGUUGACCAGAAAGUCAGCGAAGAUCGAGAGGUAAACAAUGUUGAUGAAGAUGACGACGAUGUCAUUGUACUGCCCAAUGAGGAGCCCAGUGUAACAGAAAUUGUUGAUGAUGAUGACGAAUAUGUGCCCGUUAAUGCUACUGAUGAGAAAAUGAGCGCAAAAUCGCAAAGCUCAAGUGAAGAAGAUAGACCACCGCUAUCUCAAAACGAAUCUGCCGCCGAAUCGGAUGUAGAGAUACAGGAACCCCACAUUCCAUUUACUGAUCUGGACACGUAUGUUGAGAAGGAACUGCCGCCAAUGGAUGACUCAGUAAAGGCUGCUUUUUUAAAUGUAAAAAUUAAAGAAGAGCCCAAGGAAGAUGAGGAAGAUGAGGACGACGGCUUCGAAGAUGUCGGCACGGUAAUUCUGCAGCCGCCAACCGAAGACGAAAUAUAUAUGGAUAGUAGUGAAACACUAACUCAAACAAUAGCAUCGUCUGCUUCACCUGUGACGCUCGAUAGACCACCUUCGACGGGAUCGCUAGCGUUGCAAUCUAAGACUGAUGAGCUUGAGUUGGAACAAGCGCACGACUUGAAUUCUUCCAUCGACGGCAACAACGAUCGGCAGGAAAUUCACAAUUUAAGUGCAUCGGGACCAUUGCUGGCGUUACCUUUGGCUAGCAUAGUUAAUAAAAUAAAAAUUAAUAUCACUAAGAAUACUAGUAGUAAUAGUAAUAAUAGUGCCUCCAAUAAUAACAACACCAUAACAGCAAUAUCUUUAACAGCCGGCACAUCAGAUGCAACAUCCAAUUUACAAAAAACAGCAGAACCUGCCACUGCUUCCGCUAUUACCGUCAUCGGUGGUGGCGGCAUUGCGGUCGACUCUGAUGGUCAGGUCAAUGCUAUAGAAACCAUUUCAACGAUUCCAGUAUUGUGCAGCGGCAACACAUUUGUUCCAAAGAUCACGAGUACUAUCAGUUCAAAUUCACCUGUUAACAUCAGCUCCAUUUCCGUCAUCGGCAGCAGCUACAGCAAUACCUCGCGCUUUACGAAGUCGGGUACAGCAUCAACGCCAAUAGUGGCUGUCACAACAGCAUCAGCGCCUGCAAAAGUGAAAACUCCACCACCAGUUCAGAAUUUAUUUGAUUUGAAACCCACUCUCCGUAAUGCUACACUAAAAAAAACUAGAAGAGUGCAAAGUGGCGUCGAUACUUCUGGAUUGUGUUCUAUUAUGUAAUGAGAUUUUAUGCUUGACCCGUAUUUGGUAUGUUUUAUAGGCUUAUUGUUUAUUCAUAAAAUCAUUUCAAACGUUAAUUAGUUCUAGAAUUCUAAAAGCGCAAGGUUGGGAAUGCGCCAACAAUUAAACGUUUUUAAUUUAUUAAUUUUUAGAAACGCAAUAAAAAUAUACAUACAUAUAUUAUUUUUGGUAAUUUUAUAACACUUGAAAAUUAGCCAAUUGUAACCCGUACUUUUUAUGCUCCUUAAAAUAAAUAAAAAUUAAACUUGGCAUA